AGACGUACAAAAGAACACAAACUGCAACCCUGAAAUCCAGUCAGCUGUUUUUCGGGCGGUAAGCGGAGCACAAAUUGAGGAAAUUUUCGUGGACCAUUUAAAAUAAAAAUAAAAAAUAAAAGAAUGGAAGUUAAAGAAGAAAUCCCUAUCCGGAGCAAAACAGUUACAGUAUGGACUGAAGGCGAAACACUACUUCUGCUGGAUAAGUACACUUCCUAUUUUCCGGACAUUGGCCCCUUCAAGCAAUUAAAAACAAAGAGGGACAUGUGGAUGAAGAUUUCUGCUGAGUUCGACGGGAAAAGUUGGAAGCAGUGUGAAGAAAGGUACAAGACCAUCAUGAAACGUAAAAAGGCGCCAGGGAAAAAUAACAGCAUCUCAGGUGCAAAACGCCAAAAGUUGCAGUUUGAAGAGCUAGACGAAAUAUGCCAAUGUGGAAUAAAAAAGGUCACAGCAAAAGAAAAGCAAAGAAAGGGGAAAUCGUUGCACGAAACUCUCAUUGAAAUUGCUGCAAGGAAGGAGGAAGCUAGAGAGAGGCGACACAAAGAAAGAAUGGAGAGAGCUGCAAGAAUCGAAAGCCUUAUGGAAAAAUGGAUGGCUGACAGCAAACCACCUGGAAGCUAUGAGUGUGCGAGAUAUAAUACUUAUUGAAUCAGGUUUCCGUGAUUGGAUAUAAAAUACGUGCAACUGCCUUUCGAUUCCGGCCCAACGAUUCUCCAAUUAGCACUUUUACCGGGAUCCCUUCGCUCAUUUACAUCUGUAGGUGCUAGUGGUUCGGGUUUCGGAGCGACUUCAAUAGCAACAACGGCACUAGCACUAUGUUCGAUUAAAGUAAGCAAAAUUAUUAUUUUUUAGUUAUAUUUUUAAUUAAUUUUUAUAAUAAUCUCAUUCGAGAACAAAAACCAUA